AUGCGUCGCUGCUGGCUGGCCGCCCUCGCCAUCCUGACCACAGUCGCGGCGGCCUUCGGUCGCGAGGAAGCCACUUGCAGCGUUCCCCGCACCUUCUGCCCCACACAGGGGUGGUCACGAUCCCAAUCCUGCGGCGCUGUUGGAGGGCGACCUGGGAAGGCGGUAGGCGGGGGACACGCACCGGCGUCCUGGUCGCCGGUGGAGGCGCAGUACAUUGUGAGGUUCCACGAGUACCGCCACGCCGCGGCGCACCGCAGGGAGUUGGCGCAGGGCCUGGGAGACGAGGGCGUGGCGUGGGAGUGGAUCGAGAGGCGCAACAAGGCGGCGGAGCACCCGACGGACUUCGGGCUGAUACGUGCGGAGCCAGGCGACUACGAGGCUCUGAAGGCUCGCCUUGAGGGCCUGCCAUUUGUGAAGGACAUCCACCCUGACUUCCAAAUUAGUCGAUCACUUGCCUGGGAGAGCAAACCUGAGUGGGAAGAUGGCAUUGGUUAUGGGGCAUACCAUGGCGUUUGCGAAGACAACGCUGUCAGGAAGUUUCCUGGGAGGCUUCAGACAAGGCCCACCAUCGGACUGGACAGAGACGAGGAGGAUGGGCACGAAUCCUAUUCUGCGAAUUUCUUCUCUGAGAGCCGCCGAAAGCUGUUGCUCAUGGAGAGAUCGCACUCUCUCACAGGAUUGUUUGAGGCAAACAAGAUAUUUGCCAAAGGACACACUGGUCAGGGGGUGAAGGUGGGUGUGUUCGACACUGGCGUGCGGAAAGAUCACCCCCACAUAAGGAACAUCAAAGAGAGGACAAACUGGACACAUGAGCCUACCCUGGACGAUGGCCUGGGCCAUGGCUCCUUCGUUGCUGGAGUCAUUGCUAGUUCAUAUGAUAGUUGUCCAGGCUUGGCACCUGAUGUGGAUCUGUACACUUUUCGUGUCUUCACCAACGACCAGGUGUCUUACACAUCCUGGUUUCUCGAUGCCUUUAAUUACGCGAUGGUGACAGAGAUGGAGGUGGUCAACUUGAGCAUCGGGGGACCAGACCACCUGGACAGGCCGUUUGUGGACAAGGUGUGGGAAGUCACCGCAAAUGGAAUCAUCAUGAUUUCGGCGAUUGGCAACGAUGGGCCACUGUACGGGACGCUGAACAAUCCAGCUGACCAAAAUGACGUCAUUGGGGUUGGAGGAAUCAGCUUCAAGAACAGAAUCGCCAGCUUCUCCUCAAGGGGCAUGUCCAACUGGGAGCUGCCGCUUGGCUAUGGUAGGAUCAAACCAGACAUCAUGGCCUACGCCCAGGAUGUGCGUGGCUCAAGAAUGACAACAGGAUGCAGAAGUCUGUCAGGCACCAGUGUCGCCUCCCCUGUGGCUUGCGGAGCUGUGUGCCUGUUGGCAAGCACCAUCCCGCCCGAACGACGCACAGAGGUGCUGAACCCGGCCUCCAUGAAGCAGGCCCUUGUGCAUGGGGCGGUGAGGCUGCCUGACUUGAACAUCUAUGAGCAGGGGGCGGGGCGGCUCACCCUGGCCAAGUCCAUGGCUUUCCUGCAGGCCUACACACCCCAGGCAUCGCUCAUCCCGGGUGUGUUGAACCUUAUGGACUGCCCCUACAUGUGGCCAUUCUGCAUACAGCCCCUCUAUGCCCAUGCUAUGCCAGUGAUGAUCAAUGCCACUAUCCUGAAUGGCCUGGGUGUUGUUGGGCACCUGGACGCACCCCCGCGAUUUGAACCGGCGGAUGCUGGUGGACAGUUCAUCAGCAUGGACUUUGAGUACAGCUCAGUGUUGUGGCCAUGGACUGGCUACCUAGCAAUUUACAUUAGAGUUAAAGCUAAUGGAGAGGCCUACAGUGGCAAGGCCAGCGGGACUGUCAUCUUUAACGUCUCUUCUGCUGGCCUCGGAGCUGACAAUCAGGGCCGUUCCUCCACUGUUCGAGUGCCCUUCACUGCCAAAAUCGCCCCUACGCCACGAAGGGAGCUCCGAGUCCUAUGGGACCAGUUCCAUUCAAUCAAAUACCCGCCCCAAUACCUCCCAAGGGACAAUCUGGAUAUCAAGAAUGACAUACUGGAUUGGCAUGGAGACCACCUGCACACAAACUACCAUGACAUGUUCAACUACCUGGUGGACCAUGGAUAUUAUGUGGAAAUCCUGGGCUCGCCAUUCACCUGUUUUGAUGCUUCACAGUACGGAGCCCUGAUGCUUGUUGAUCUUGAGGAUGAAUACUACCCCGAGGAGAUUUCGAAACUCAGCAACGACGUCAGGGCGAAGGGUCUUGGGGUGGUGGUGUUUGCAGAGUGGUACAACGUGGAGAGCUUGAGCAAGAUGACAUUCUACGAUGACAACACCAGGACACACUGGACGCCUGCAACAGGGGGUGCCAAUAUCCCUGCCCUCAAUGUCCUGCUCGAGGACUUUGGAAUUGCCUUUGGCGACAAGGUCUUGUCUGGCAACUUCGAGCUUGCAAAGCAGACUGUACGGUUUGCAUCGGGUGCAAACAUUGCUAGGUUCCCUGAAGGAGGCUUUGUCCAUUCCUUCAAGCUGAGCGACAAAUCAGGUGACAGGUAUGCAGGCUCAGAAGAACAGCCUGUCCUGGGACUGGCGUCGAUCGACGAGGGCCACGUGGUGGCAUAUGGAGACUCAGGCUGCCUGGACUCUAGCUACCAAGUGGCCGACUGCUACCAGAUGCUUGUGGGCCUGCUGGAGUUUGCGACCGGGAGGGUGGACCUGAUGGAGCCCAGCAACACACUGACGGCGCUGCUCAACCCCGAACUGAUCCUUGAGGACCCUCUUGGCAACGACGCUGACCUACCCGAGCGUUUUGAGGGGUUCAACUUCACAAAGGCGUCCUUUGUGCUGCGCCACCCCCUCGAGUGCUACAGCAACUCUCGGGGCCCGGUUGAGUCUGGCGGGUUUGAUGCGCCGCCCAGGCGCAUAGUGGGGAGUGUGGGGGAGGUCCCUGGGGACGUGCCUGCUGAACCCAACUCCACAAACAAUGGCAGCCAUGGCUUUGAAAGCAGACACUACGAGGAAGUGGAGUCGCAAAAGCCAGUUCCCCCCUCCACGCGGGCGCUGGGCGGUAUGUCGACGUGGUACUUGGUGGCUGGGCUCGUCUUCGCCGUGGGUCUUUACCAAUUCACCAAACCGAGGAGGGGAGGAUCGCUAAUAGGCCUAGUGGAUCCAUCAAGGGGGGCUGGAGAACACGAGCUGUAG